AUGACCAAGCUCGCUUCUGUUUCCAAGUCUGUGGCUGCGCUUACCACUAACGUGUUGGUGGUUGGUGGUUCCUUUGGAGGUAUGGCUUCCAUCGUGUCUUUGAAAGCACUGUUGAAGGAAAAUAAACCAAAGUCAAGAGUUUCAGUAACGCUCGUGGAGCCAAAGGCUGGAUUCCUUAAUGUUCUUGGUGUGCCACGUGCCAUUGUGGACCCAACGUUCGCUACAACUCAGUACGUGCCAAUUGAACAGUACCUGGCUUUCCAGUUUGACCGUUUGGUGUCUGACGAUGAGUACGUGUUGAAGCUGGCAGGACAGAAGAUUGACCCUGAGGCUAAUGAAGAUAUUGAACUCACGUACGUUCAAGGAAGCAUCACCAAGUUGAGCAAGAACGUGGCUGAAUAUCAGCUUAAUAACGGUACUGGUGGAACUGAUAAGAUCAAGUUCGACUACUGUGUUUUGGCUGCCGGCAGAAACAGAACCUGGCCAACGUCUCCAGAUGCACUUAAUGCUGAAAACUACCUUAAGGAAAUGAAGGAUUUCAAUUCCCAGGUGAAGAAAUGCAAUAAGAUCGCCGUGGUGGGUGCUGGAGCUGUGGGCAUUGAGAUUGCCGGUGAUAUCAAGACCAAGCAUCAAGAUAAAGAGGUCAUGUUGAUUCAUCCUCACCCAACUUUCCCUCCUGAACAGCUCACAGAUGAGUUUAAGAAGGCAGUAAGAGAAUCCCUCGAACGUGCUGAUGUGAAAGUCAUGACUGGCUUGCGUGUGAAGCGUGAGUUGGACAACCAUAACUUGGAACUUACCAAUGGCGAUAUCAUCGAAGCAGACUUUACCUACUGGUGCAACUCAUUCAAGAACAACACGACUCUUCUAGACGAAGAGCUUCUGAAGUACAUCUCCCCCAAGAACAAUAUCUUCACCAACAGCUACUUCCAGCUUCACCAUCCAGAAACCAAGGAGCUGGUUGAUAAUAUCUUCAGCGUGGGAGAUAUGGUGGAGUUCCCUGUUAUCAAGACCGCUGGCUGGGCUAUUUCCAUGGGCAGAGCUACUGGUAAGAACUUGCUGGGUCUUUUGGUGGAUGGAAAGCUUGUGGAGGAGUAUCCGGGCGACCGUUCGAACGCCAUGCUUCUUGUUUGCGGUAACGAAGACAUUGUUUCGGAAGUUGGCGGUAACGUGGAAAUCAACAACCCCAACUACGUUGAACAGUACAAGACGUACCGUUUCAAGACUGUGAGAGGCACUCUUGGUAUUUAG